UGGAUGGGAUGUAUUCCCUCUACCGCACACGCUAAGUAAAGUAUUUCCCUCUCUUCUCCUCUGUACAUACUCAACAAAUUUUAUGCAUUCAAAUUUCAAUCAUUAUAGGGAAAAAAAAACUCUCUUUUUUUCUCUGUUGUUAGAACACAAACUUUCGAUUCUUUUUCAAUCAUACCCAUAUGCUCAAACUAAUUCUACUCGUUGCUUCGGCCACCAUUUUCAUCCUUCUCCUAAUUUCGAUCUUCCUUUUUCGCCUUAAGCUCUCUAAAAAUCACGACAUCGAGAACCCUUCCUCCAAGAAGAACAAGAAAACAGAGCACAGGCCACCGCCGCCGCCGCCGCCGGAGCUGACGACGUUUGAGGGCGGCGAAUAUUUGACGAUCGACGAGAUUCUAGAAGCUCCUGGGGAAGUGAUUGGAAAAUCCCACUAUGGAACUCUGUAUAAGGCUACGUUACAGAGCACUCAAACGACCCGACUACUCAGAUUCCUCCGGCCGGCCGCUAGCGGAGGGGACGACCAGGACGACGUGGUUCGGCUUCUGGGUUCGAUUCGGCACCGGAAUUUGGUCCCCUUGCUGGGAUUCUACGCCGGCGGGAGGGGCGAGAAGCUUCUGGUUCAUCCGUUCUACGAACAGGGGAAUUUGGCAGAGUUCAUUAGAGUAAGUGAAACAGAAUCAAAAAAUUGGGAGGCCAUUUACAAAAUCGCCAUCGGAAUCGCGAAAGCCCUAGAUCAUCUUCACAACGGAUUACAAAGACCAAUCCCUCACGGAAAUCUCAAGUCCAAGAACAUUCUUCUCGAUCGAAAUCUCGAUCCGCACAUCUCCGAUUUCGGCCUCCAUCUCCUCCUCAACGCCGCCGCAACUCGAGAAAUGCUUCAAGUCUCCGCCGCCGCUGGCUACAAGGCGCCCGAACUUAUCAAGAUGACCGACGCUGAUGAACGCACUGACGUCUACAGCUACGGCAAGAUCUUACUCGAGUUGCUCUCUGCCAAAGAGCCGACGAUCCGAAAUCCGGUUGCUACCGGCGUUUCUGAAGAGCGGAUUCUCAGAUGCCUUGUUCAGAUCGGCGAGGCUUGUUGUCGUUCUUCGCCUAAUCUUCGGCUGGAUUUCAGGGAAGUGAUUGCUAAGAUUGAAGAAAUUGGAAGGAUUGAGAUGGAUUAAUAGGAUUGAUCUUUUUGGGAUGAUUUUGGAGCAAAUGAUCAUUCUUUUUAAUUAAUAUGGCUAAUUUUUCAUUUUUUUCUUGAUAUUCUACAGAAUGAAUAUGGCUGAUUUUUCAUUUUUUUUCCCU